AUGACAGGAUCAUGGCGAUUGGAUAUCAUAAUUAUGGUUCUAUACCAAAUUACACUGAUUUUCUCAGCUCAAUUACUUUUCGUCAUUUUCCUCGACUACAUGCCACAAACUUAUUGUACAGAUGACAACUUUUGUUAUAAACUCCAAAGUAAAUGUUUGACGGAUUACGAUGCAAAUGAGCCGAAUUUGUGUCCGGUGAACAUGACAGGAUCCAGAAGGGAUUGUAUAGUGGAACACAAAACGUUGUACUUCUACAGUGCCCAAUUUGAAUAUCAACAGAAUUGUGGGGCAUUUUAUAAAGUAGUCCAUCUCUCCACUGUCACCUUCAUCGGAACUCUUCUUGGAAACAUUGUUCUUGGAAUUUUGGCUGAUAAAUAUGGCCGACGGACCAUCUACUUUCUCUCUGUUCUUUUCGGAAUUCCAUGUCUCCUGAUAUCAGCUUCUGUUGAGAAUGUCGUAGUAUUUUACAUAUUUCGUACUUUGAUUGGAAUUGCAAUAUCUGGAACAUUGACUGUUGGAUAUACGUAUGCGAUUGAGAUGAUCUCACCGGAUCGCAGGUUGAGGUUGUUCGCAAUGGCUAAUUGGCCAAACGCUCGAAUGAUCCAAGUUCUCUUCGCUUACAUAUCACAAGAAUGGACCCGAACCACCUUUGUAUCCGCAUCAAUAUCUUCACUAGCCCUCCCAAUUCUUUGGUGGCUUCCUGAAAGUCCAAUUUGGUUGGAACAAAAAGACAAAUAUGAAGAAGCUUCUAGAGCCAGAAAACGAAUUGAACGAAUCAGUGGAGUAUCAGCAGAUCAUCAUAAUAACUACGAAAUGGUUGCAUUUGAGAAAGUGACACCGAAACGAAUUCUGAUGAAUCCUAAGCUCAGAACUAGUUUUCUUAUGAUCCUGUUCAUGUACUUUUAUGUGGGAUUAGCUGUCUACAUCACUGAUUUAAAUGGAGCCGAUAUGACACGGAAUUUGUAUUUGGGACAGUUUCUUGCUGGAUUGGUACUGUCGAUGGCGCAAUUUAUAAUUGGAAUGACAGAACCGUAUCUAACAGGAAUGGGUCGUCGUGUUCUAUUCCUCUUCUCUCAACUCAUUGCCAUCAUUUGCUACAUUCUUAUUGUAAUCUGCCUAUACCUCAAUUGGAAAGGGUCCUUUACGUAUCUAGCCGCCUACACAAUCGCCUAUGCAUCCCAAUCGAUUUGUCUAGAAGCUGCCUAUCUUUCAUUGGUUGAGCUGAUGCCAACUGAUGUUCGAGCAACUGUCGGAUCGAUAGCUAAUAUUUGCAUGAAGGUUGGAUCACUUUUGGCAACGGAGACGCAAGCACUGAAAUUUACCUACGAGCCUGCUUUGUUUUUCAUCAAUUUGGUGUUUUGUUCGAUUGGAAUCGUUUUGGUGUUCUUCUGUUUAGAGGAAUCCCGCGAAGCCGAUAUGAAAAUGGUUGGUCAAACUGCAAUUGGCAAAAUAUUUGCCUACGAUGAAGAAGUGACUGCUCAAGGAACUGAUUCUCCCCCGAGAACUUCAGAAACUCCCGCUCCAGAAUCCCCGUUGGUCAUUGCCGAACCAGUAACUGCAACACCUUUGGUAUCCAAGGAACAGUUGAAGAUUAUUGAGAAAAAUAAUGCCAGAAACAAGCUGAUUGUAGAAAAACCAAUACCAAAAAAGAAAGAGAAGGAGGGACCGGUUGAGAUUCCAACUCCAGUCAGAAAACAACUGGAAAAUGAGAAAGCAACAAGUGAUGAGAGUUUGAAAACAAUGGAGACGGGAAAGAAAACAGAGGAAUCGAAGGAAGUUUCAUUGGAGACUAAAACUGGAGAAACGAAUAUAAAUGUGCCAAAAUCGUUGGUGAAAUUUGCUGAAGAGCAGAAAAAUUCGCUGGCUGAUACGCAGGAAAACGAUUGGACACCACUUCCAUCGGAGAAUAAAUCAGCGGCAAAGGCUAGAGAUCAAUUGGGAAAGAGACCAUCUCAAAAUACAUUUAGUAAAUACGAUAAUGAAUCAGAGAAGUGA